AUGAAAUAUUAUAAGGGUGGAGACUUACAUUCUUAUCUUGAUGAAACACAUGAAAUGCUUUGUUUGAGAGACAUUAUUGAUAUGCUUUGGAAAAUUUCUAUGGGAAUUAACCAAAUUUAUAAAUUUGAAUUAAUUCAUAGAAAUCUUCAUGAAGGUAGUUGGAUAACUGCAAUAUGCGAUGAACCUAUACAAUCUGAGUUAUCUGAUCAAUUUGACAUUGCUGAAGAGAAAAAAUUUUCAGAUUUGGAGAAAUACAAAUUCAACCAACAAGAAAUCCAUCCUCAAGCUUUUUAU